CGUUCUCCUCGUCCGAGUGAAAGUAGUCCCUCCACAUAAAACCAGUUGGCAUCGCCUUCAGAGAUCUUUCCAGUCGCAUGCUGAAGUUGGGAACGGAUGAUGUCUAGUGAUUCUGCUGAUUACAACAGCUCAAAAGAUCGAGGCCAUGGGGGCCCAGAUGGAAUGGAGCCUGAUGGUGUCAUCGAGAGCAACUGGAGUGAGAUUACGGAUAACUUUGAUGACAUGAACCUGAAGGAGACUCUUCUAAGGGGAAUAUACGCAUAUGGUUUUGAAAAGCCAUCUGCCAUUCAGCAAAGGGCUAUCAUUCCUUGCAUUAAAGGCUAUGAUGUCAUUGCCCAGGCCCAGUCAGGCACUGGCAAGACGGCCACGUUUGCCAUCUCUAUCUUGCAGCAGCUGGACAUUGAGCAUAAGGAGACUCAGGCUCUGGUGUUGGCUCCCACCAGAGAGCUGGCUCAGCAGAUCCAGAAGGUCAUUCUGGCUCUGGGUGACUACAUGGGAGCAGCCUGCCACGCCUGCAUUGGGGGUACUAACCUCCGUACAGAAAUCCAGAAGCUGGAUGCUGAGGCUCCUCAUAUAGUGGUGGGCACACCAGGACGUGUGUUCGACAUGCUCAACAGAGGACAUCUGUGUGCUAAAUACAUCAAGAUGUUUGUUCUGGAUGAAGCUGACGAGAUGUUGAGUCGAGGGUUCAAAGAUCAGAUCUAUGAGAUCUUUCAGAAGCUGAGCACCAAUAUUCAAGUGGUCCUGCUUUCUGCCACCAUGCCAGCAGAGGUGUUGGAGGUGACCAAGAAGUUCAUGCGAGACCCUAUCCGCAUCUUGGUGAAGAAAGAAGAGCUUACCCUAGAGGGUAUCAAGCAAUUCUACAUUAAUGUGGAGCGAGAGGAGUGGAAACUGGACACCCUGUGUGAUCUGUACGAAACUCUGACAAUCACCCAGGCUGUCAUCUUCCUCAACACCAGGAGAAAAGUUGACUGGUUAACUGAGAAGAUGCACGCUAGGGAUUUCACCGUGUCUGCUCUGCACGGUGACAUGGACCAGAAGGAGCGUGACGUGAUUAUGAGAGAGUUCAGGUCUGGAUCAAGCCGAGUGUUGAUCACUACAGAUCUCCUGGCUCGUGGCAUUGAUGUCCAGCAGGUUUCAUUGGUCAUUAACUAUGACCUUCCUACAAACCGAGAGAACUACAUUCACAGAAUCGGUCGUGGCGGCCGUUUUGGCAGAAAAGGAGUUGCUAUCAACUUUGUCACAGAGGAGGACAAGAGGAUUCUUCGGGACAUCGAGACGUUUUACAAUACAACCGUUGAGGAGAUGCCUAUGAAUGUGGCUGACCUGAUUUGAGCCCUGAGAAUUAUCUUUUCUUUUUUCUUUUAAACGCAGUGAUAGCGAUCGUCCACUUGCAUUGUGCUUAUAUUAUUCGAGGGGGAGAAAAAAAAACUUCUAAAUGCUAAACCUUGGAUCAGAAUUUUGGUAUGUGUUAAAAGCGAGGUGACUUCUAUGGUGGUCCCUCUUGGUGAGUUGUAGAUUCUAACCUCGACAGCGGGCUGGUUGGAGCUACAAAGCUAUGGGGUCUGUAAACAUAAAGGUUCUUAUCAGGUAUUUCUUUCCAUGUUUGAUUAAUAUGUAUGCAUUUGAUGUUCUCCACCAUUUAGUAACCUACUUGUGGACUAAAAGGUAUAAGUGCUGUAUAAAGUCUGCAAGUUAUGUUAUGCUAACAUAUGUGCGGUGUAUCGUGGGCCUUGCUUAAUAGAGGCACUUGUUAUAUUAAACUGUAGAUUCACUUGCUUUUUGGUUAUCUUUUGUGAAUGUUUUAAUUUAAAUGUACCAUAUAUUUUCUUUUAUCCCACAUGCCAUAUCGGAGUUCCUCACUGGUUGGCCAUACUUUGCUGACGUGGUUUUAACCUUACAGAGUAUAUUGCUAUUUCCUCCCUCUUAACUACUACUCAGAUUUCUUCCUCACUGGAAUUGUAUGAAUGUCUUAAUAAACUCAAAUUACUGUAAGUAAA